UUCCUUCCAUUCCUUGAAAGUGACACAUUCCUUUUGUUCUUCCUAUCUUCAAUCCAGUCGUAUAUUCUGGAUUGAAGCACACAAACACAUUUUCAUACAUAGCACAAAUUUUCCUUCUCAGGAUUUUGAAUACCUGAUCGAAUUUUGCACUAUCAUGUGAUAGAUUAAAGUGGUUAUUGAUGUCAAGUUUGUCCAACGUAUAUAUUUUUAGUGAAGUUUUUACUCUUAUCUUUCCAGAGGUCUAUUUUAUAACGAAUGAACUUGCAUCCAAUGCGCAAAACAUUCUAGUUUUUAUAAGAAAGUAUAAAAUGUUAACUUAAAUUAUAAGCUAUUAAACGUUAGUAUCUUAUAUCAUAAGACGACUAAAAUAGCGGAAGAACAACACAAUAUGGCGGAUAUGUCGCGUCUGGAAAACAUUAACCCUGCAGUGUACAGCAAGAGCAACGUACGUUCUGCUGCUCCCACUGACUGGGAUGACGAUGUCUAUGAUCCCAUUGAUGCUCGCGAGGUGUUCGAGCUUGUCUGUGACAUCCAAGAUCCUGAACAUCCUCUCACACUGGAACAACUUAACGUUGUGAGCGAGUCUCUUUGUUAUGCGGAUGAUGAGAAGGGUGUUGUGCGUGUGCAGUUCACACCCACCAUCCCUCACUGCUCUAUGGCGGCCCUCAUCGGUCUUAGCAUCAGACUAAAGCUCCUCCACACUCUGCCGCCGAGGUUCAAAGUGAGUGUGGAGAUCACGCCAGGAAGUCACGUGUCCGAAGCAGCUGUCAACAAGCAGCUCGCGGACAAAGAACGCGUUGCUGCCGCUCUCGAGAAUCCUCAUCUUCUUGCAGCCAUCAGUAAAUGUCUGAAACCAACAUUACUGUGAAACUUUAGCAAGAAUUAACGUUUUUGUUUAAAAGUCUAGCAAAUGUGCAGUAGACCAUCUGUCUAUCAUCACUAACACGAUUUUUAAAAUUUAGCUCUUCUAAAUCAUUCAUGUUCCACUAUACGAGUCAAUCGCAAGUUACAGUAAUGUACAAAUCGAAUCGCAAUUUAAAGCAAAUAUAUGUGAGAAGCUAAUUGUUUAUGGAUGCAGUUAACUCUUUAAAAAUACGCCUUAGUAAGCUAAUUAUGGUUUUACGGGAUCAUCAAUUAUAAUUAUUAAUAAUAAUUAUAAAUUUAAAGUUCGUUACUAUAACGCUUGUUGCAGCAAAGUAGAUUUACCUUGUUGUUUUUCUUCCUUGCCUUUCAAAAAGCAUUUUAAAAGAACGUGUUUCAGUUGGUAUUGGAAGACAACGAAAGUAUUCAGUUGAAUGACAAUAGACUUGCCAUUG